CAGGGGAAUGGUGGAAACACCAAACUGUAACUGUAACACAUUUCAGUCCAGGUUGGUCAGGUUGGUCACAGCUAACUAGGAAUGUCUCUCUGGUAAUGUGGAUUGAUGAUUAUGUGGACCGCCGGCUGCGGAAGCCAUCGAUGCCGCUGCCGUCCCGCUGUCUCCUGACGGGUCAAGACCCGUGUUACGGUUAAAGAAGCGACCGUGUUAACUGGGGACUUUGAACCAACGCGUCCGUUGUUGCCGUAGUUACAGACAGCCGUUGGAAACAAGGAAAAGAACACGUAACGCUAGCUGCCCUCGUGAACACCACGUUGUUUGAUUUUUAUCGUAGAUAUUAUUAAGUACGUGGGAGUGGUUGACACUUCAUUUACAAAAUUAAACCAAGCGGCAUUCGCGAAAACAGCUAUACGUGAAAAGUCGCCAGUUAACGCGGUCGCCUGUUAAACCGUAACACCCGCCGCCGCCAUGGCCGCAGCGUUCCCCCGCUGCACAUCUGUCAGACUCUCCGCCGUCGUCCUGCUCCUCCUGACGUCGCUGACCACCGUGCAGUCUUCUCAAGGCGACAAGGAGCCGGUGUACCGAGACUGUGUGACGCGAUGUGUCCAGACCAACUGCACCGGAGCUCGGCUGCGGGGCUUCCAGUUUGCACAGCCGCAAUACAUGGCGCUCACAGGUUGGACAUGCCGUGAUGAUUGUCGCUACGAAUGCAUGUGGACCACCGUGGGCCUUUACCAGGCCGAGGGCUACAGAAUCCCACAGUUCCACGGCAAGUGGCCAUUUGUGCGCUUCCUGUGUUUCGAGGAUCCGGCCUCUGCCCUGGCCUCUCUGCUGAACGGCCUGGCUUGCCUUAUCGUGCUGCUGCGCUACCGGAGCGCGGUGCCGCGCCACAGCCCCAUGUACCACACCAUCAACGCCUUCUCUCUGGUUUCUCUCAAUGCCUGGUUCUGGUCCACAGUUUUUCACACUCGGGACACCUAUCUCACAGAGAAAAUGGACUAUUUCUGUGCAACUGCGGUCCUUCUUUACUCCAUCUACCUAUGCUGUGUCAGAACGUUGGGUCUGAGGCGCCCGGCGGUGUCGAGCAUGGUGGGAGUCCUGCUCAUCUUGGCCUUUACCGCGCACGUGUCCUUCUUGACCUUUGUCCGCUUCGACUACGGCUACAACAUGGCUGCUAACGCCACCAUCGGCAUGGUGAACCUCCUGUGGUGGCUGUGUUGGUGCUGGCAGAACCGGCGGACCCUGCCGUACUGGUGGAAGUGCGCCCUGGUGGUGCUGCUGCUUCAUGGUCUGGCCCUUCUUGAGCUGCUGGACUUCCCCCCGAUGCUCUGGGUCCUCGACGCUCACGCUGUCUGGCACCUCAGCACGAUACCGGUGCACUUCCUUUUCUACAGUUUCCUGAUCGACGACAGCCUCUACCUACUAAACACGGAGAAGAUGGGCGUCAAAGUCGAGUAGACUGUCCUCACCACGCCGACACCGUCGCACGUCUCCAAUCGGAGCAGCCGGACGCCCGAACGCGGAAGUAGCCCGGCCUCCCAGACGACACGCGGAACACCACUUGACUUUCAUCAAAGUAGAAUUUGUUUACAAGUCUCUUGUUUGAAUAUUUUUUAGUAUUUAUUUGGGGGGUUUACUUUCUCUGUUUCUCUGGAUCUCGGCGGAUGUUUGCUCGACUUAACUUUGCCUUGUACAGACACGUGCUCUACGAUUCUUUUACCAUCAAAACAGGAUGAAGGAAAAGGUGUUGUGUUCGACCACAACUGGGAUGAUUGGGUUGCAUUUCCUGUUUCUGAAAUUGAUCCCCUGAACCAAUGAUUUUACUCCCACCAGCGUCUUGGAUGUCACACACACACACACACACACACACACACUCUGUACGGAUGGCAUUUUGCUGUGGCUGACAAUAGAUGGCACCAAAUCCCUUGCCAGGCCAUCAUGACCUCCUGCGUUUGGUAGGGCAUGUCAGGAGAACAUAUGUGCUAAAAGUGGACUGGCGGACACCGAGAGUUGCCCCUUGUGAAGUGGGCUGCCAGUGGAUUGUUCUAGAGAGAGAGAGAGAGAGGGGAGGGGUUUAUGUUUGGAGGCCAUUCUAGCUGACUGUGUUUUUUGUUCUUUUCUCACCAUCACACAUUUAUUUUUGUACCUGCAUUGUUUCCACUCGUGCUUUUGUCUUUUAUACUCUUCUGUAUAAUUCCACAUUUCUAUUUUAAUUUCUAUCAACUGCCUUAUUGGUUUUAUUCUGUUUUCUUUCACCAUUUUCUGUGCUUUAUUUUGUUGACUUAUUACAUUUUAAUUGCUAGAUUUUUUUCAUUUAUUUGGGUGGGGUAUGGUGGAUUAUCAUGAAAUGGAAAUAUAUAAUUCACCUGGAGUGCCUUUUUAGUGCGAGGAGAGGAAGAACGUAAGGUGCAACAGGAAACUGAGUUUCUAAUAAAUUCUGGGUGAAUGAGUGUUUAGGUGUUUGCUUCACGCCUAUUAUCUGGAUUUCGUUGCAUUUCCUGCUGUAAUGAUCCUCAGAAUGACACGCACACAACCAGCUGCUGUUCAGUUCCCCGUCAUGUGAAACACUCCCCAUCCCUCCAUACCGUAUCAAACCUGCUUGCCAAUGAGCAUGUCUCUUCCUUUUUAUCAAAUAUUUCUGUUCCUCAGAGUUAUCACCAGAAAACUCUUGAAUUCAUAGCAUGUAUGUCCUCAUCCCUCUGAGGUUCUCUCCCAUGUGUGCACUUGACGCCUGUGUGGACAUUUACAUGCCGUGUUUUUGAAGUUCUGCCCAUGCCUUUGUACUUCUGUGAGAACAAUGACCCGCACAGUGUGUGUGUACACGUUGCCUUGACACCACUUUGUGUUGGUUUUGCCAUCGUAAACCAAAUGACUCGGUGUGUGUUCGUGUGAGAGCGCUAGAUUGUUGUGUGUGUGUGUGUGUGUGUGUGUGGAUAGAUAUAGCUAGACCAUGUUGGAGGUUUGCUGUGAUGAGAUGGACACAUUUAGCUUUGCUGACAGCCUGUGACGGAGGGGGACCGACAUGUGGAGGUUGACUGAAAUCAACUGUUUCCUGAACUCAUGGCAGAGAUCCUUGCCUUAUGGGAUAAUAAACAUUGAAUAGUG